GUUCUUCAUAUUUUUUCGAUUUUUAGGAAAAUACAAUUUUUGCUUGUCUCCUAAAAGUAAAAUUACAUUUAAACGCAUUUAUCAUUCAUUUAUCCAACUUUAGGAUCAGUUUAUGCAUGAUUCAUCAUCAUUUGACGAUGCCACAGGAUGCCUCCGAUCCAACCUUCACGCACACAAUUCGUUCUGCUCAUCAGCUGCGUAACUUCGCAGUUGUACAUAUUUAGUUAGAUUUCUCUCUCUGACAAAAUAUUUCCUUCCAUAAAUAAUUCGCCCUAAAAGUAUUUUUCAAAUUUUAGUUUAAUAACUUUUUUUGUUUGUAAAUCAAGGUUCUUGGUGUAAAAUAAAUAGUUUGGUUGAUUUCUGUUGGUAGCCGUGUUUGUGUUAGUUGAUUGUUCAUUUCUUUUGUGGUAUUUGAUUUGGAAUUUGAAACAAUUUGAAUUGGAAAUUGUGAAAGCUGUAGGUUUAUUAAAAAUUAAUUGUAUACCAGAAAAUUUUUGACGGGUGACAGAGGGCUUGAUUUAAAGGUUAAUCUGAACACUGAAGGGAAUAUUUCCACUCAAAUAGUCAAAAAUGACGAUAAAGGCCAUCCUGUACACGGUAAUUGCCCGUGGAUCUACCAUCCUUGCGAAAUAUGCGUCAUGUGCUGGUAACUUUUCGGAGGUCACAGAGCAGAUUUUGGGCAAAAUACCACCCGAAGAUUCGAAACUCACGUAUUCUCACAUGUCAUACUUGUUCCACUACGUCAAGGAAGAUAACAUUACCUAUCUCUGCAUAACGGACGAUGACUUUGAACGAGCUCGAGCCUUCCAGUAUCUUGCAGAUGUUAAGAACCGAUUUGAACAAACGUACGGCCGACCCAGGAUCCAUGAGGCCCUUCCGUACGGAAUGAAUUCAGAUUUUUCGCCAUUAUUGGCAUCAGAAAUGAAACGCUACUCUGAAUCUCGGGAUUCGGACACUUUGUCAAGAGUGGAAGGGCAGCUGGAAGACCUGAAGGACAUCAUGGUAAAAAAUAUUGAUAACAUUGCAGCUCGUGGAGAGCGAUUGGAACUUUUGGUGAACAAGGCUGAAAAUCUAAAUGCCACCUCGGUGUCUUUUCAAAAAACGAGUUCCAGCCUGGCUCGAGCAAUGUACUGGAGAAAUAUCAAGUUUUACGUGAUUUCUGCUCUAAUCGUAAUUCUCAUCAUCUACAUCAUUGUGUCAAUGUCAUGUGGUGGAUUAACUUGGAGUGGAUGCAUCUCUUCGGGAGGAAGUUCUAACAAGAAUUCGACUACUUCUCCUUGAUAAAAUCGCGAUUCAAGAAAAGCAGAAACUCUUCACUACGCUGACGAUAACUUCCUUCCACUCGUAUCACAAUCAACUCUUAAGUAAAUUCAAAGAACUGCUCUAUAUAUUAAUAUCGCGUGUAAAUCGGGUCCCCUCUCUCUCUGGAAUAAUAUAUUGUCAUUGUUUAAUAUUCACUACUAUCCUGUCAAGGAGAAUGGGUAACAGAACACGUACACUAUACAUAAUAAUUAUACGAGGGCGUUAAUUAACAUGUCAGUGGAACACAAUCCAAGACGAACUAUUCCUUGGGUAUUGAUUGAAAUGAAUUCUUUAACUGUGCUAGCUCAUAAAUAUAUCUAUUUUCUGGUACUGUGUACGUAAAAUUCAAAAAUAUGUUACGACUCGAAUAUAUUCUGUAUACGUACUUUCACUUGGGCUAAUUAUCUCACUAGGGAUUAAUUAUCUGAUUAAUUAUUAUUAAGGUAAUGGGUCCUAUUGGCUCAUGAAUUUUUUUGCACUUGUUAAGUAAGCUGGAUCCAUCUCAAUUGUUACAGCUAUAUCUUAAUAUCUCUAGAAAAGUAGCAGUUACACAAAACGAGUGAUAUUUUUCCUGGAAACAAUUUUUAAUGUCCCUUCUUACUCGUUUGUACUGAAUAUAUUCAAAUCUAAAAAUGUAUCAAAAUUAGCUACAUAUUUCUUUGAAACACUACAUAUUUAUAUACUCGCAUAAUCGCUUUGCCAUAUGACAAAACUUAUAUUAUCAUUAUUUAGUUAAACCUCUGUAACUACAGUCUUGAUACCUUUUCUUACUAAAUAUACGUUCGCCCAUACAAGCCUCACCAAUUUAUGAUGUAAAAUUUACUGGCAUAAUUGUUACACAAAAUGUAUCCUAGUAAAUUUCAACUUAUCAACCAUA